ACUUUAAUAUGUUCAAAAAGCUCAAAACACUUCUAUAUUUGAACUUCCGUGCCAAUCUACUACAUGGCGUGCUUCCUGUUCCCCCAUCUUCUAUGCGCAACUUUUUGAUCUCCAACAAUAGAUUAAGUGGGGAGAUCCCAUCUUCAAUUUGCAAUGUAACUUCCAUUGAAAUCUUUGACAUCUCUUACAACAGUUUGAGUGGUACCAUUCCUUCAUGUUUGGGAAACUUCAGUAAUUCUCUUGUAGUCAUGGAUUUGAGGAGGAAUAACUUCUAUGGCACCAUGCCUGAAACAUUUGCAGAGGGUAAUAUGUUGAGGACUCUUGUCUUCAAUGGUAAUCAGUUAGAAGGGCUAUUACCAAAAUCUUUGGUCAACUGUAAAUAUUUGGAAGUUCUAGACAUAGGAAAUAACAAGAUAAAUGAUUCCUUCCCCUAUUGGCUGGAAGAUCUUCCAGUGUUACAAGUUCUUAUCUUGAGGUCCAACAAAUUUAAUGGUCAACUAGACAAUUUCAAGACCAAGUCAUCUUUCUCUUUGUUGCGAAUCAUUGACCUUUCUCAUAAUGAGUUUUCUGGAAGUUUACCUACGAAUUUCUUCAAGGGACUGAAGGCUAUAAAAACAACCAAAGAAAGUGAAGGCGAAGUGAAAUACAUGGAACAAGGCUAUUACCAAGACUCAGUUAUUGUAGCAAUGAAAGGGCAAAGCUUUGUGCUAGAGAGAAUUUUAACCAUCUUCACUACCAUAGAUCUAUCAAGUAACAAGUUCCAUGGAAAGAUUCCUGAAGUGAUUGGAAUACUGAACUUUCUUCGAGGUCUUAACCUUUCCCAUAACAGACUAAUUGGCCAUAUACCAUUAUCUUUGGGCCUUUUGUCUGUACUUGAAUCUUUAGACCUCUCUUCAAAUAGGCUUAAUGGGGAGAUUCCAAUGCAACUGACAAGAUUAACAUUUCUGGCAGUGUUAAAUCUUUCGCAAAACCAACUUAUGGGACCCAUACCACAAGGUAAACAAUUUGGAACAUUUCAAAACAACUCAUAUGGUGGAAAUUUGGGAUUGUGUGGAUUUCCAUUGUCAAAGAAUUGUGGCAUCGAUGAGCGGCCACCACCACCAAUAUUCCAAGAGGACAACAAUCCAAUGUUUAUGAGUGGAUUUGGUUGGGAGGCUGUUUUAUUAGGGUAUGGAUGUGGAUUGGUUUUUGGAAUAGCUAUGGGGUAUUUCAUGUUUAAAAUUGGAAAACCUCAAUGCCUUCUAGGGUUAAUUGAAGAGAACCGGCCAAGAAAGUUGAAAAUGCCUAGCAACCAAAGAUCUAGAGGAAGCAGAAAUUACAGCAUUCAAAGGGUGCUCCAAGCAAGCUAUUGGACAGGGAGUUGUGGAUUAUGAAGUCAAAGAAAAUUGUGAGCCUUAACGUGCGGAAGACCAUUAGGAACGGAGGCUGUCCAGGAGUGAAUCUUGUUUUUAUGUAUUAUUGUGCUACUGCUAUUUGCUUCUUUGUAAAAUAAGCCUCAAAUCUACGUAUAUUUGAGGGCAUUCCGUGUGUAGAA